AUCAUCUCAAUCUCAAAGAACUCAGAAAAACAACCAGAGUCCUGCAUUAGCAUUUAUUGACUGGAGCCAAUUUAAAGCUUUUAUAUUUCUCGUGAACUUGAGCGGAGUUAAAAGCUCCUUAAACGGUUACUUACUUCUCUGAUUCUUUAUUUUUAUUGGUGUCCGACUCAAGAUGAGUCAACUCGGUGAUUUGCUCAGAGAAUCGGCGGACGAAACGGAGAGUGGGAGGACGAUGAUGCUGAGUUUACUCGAGGAAGCUCGAACCGACGGUGAAGAUCGAGCGACGAGCAAGUGGAGUACGCUGAAACAACGGCUGAGAUUCGACUGGGUUGGCUGUUGCGGUGGACCCACCUUGCUGCGUCUCAGAGGAUCAGAAGCGCCAAUCGCCGAGGAAGACGAAGAUGACGAGGAGGAGGAGGAGGAAAACUCGGGUCAAAACCGGGUCGUUGACUUGUCGAAUUCGGUUCCGGAUCCGGGUUUAGCUGUGGAGACGGAUUGUUUAACACGUGGCACAAGGAAUCUCGCGGAGGCUCUUGCAGAGGAGAGACUAGCGCGGGGCGAGCACGUGACGGAGGCUUCGGUUGCUAAGGUACCGUUGAUGAAACUGCUGGCGGAAACGGAAGGUUGCGAUGUGACCACGUGGACAGGUGCUGAUCCUUUGUGUUGCGUGUGUAUGGGAAGGGAGAAAGACGCGGCGUUUAUCCCAUGUGGGCAUACGUAUUGUAGAGUGUGUUCAAGAGAGAUUUGGAUGAACCGUGGAUCGUGUCCUCUUUGUAACCGUUCCAUCGUUGACGUUCUUGAUCUUUACUGAAAAAUUUACAUUCAUGGAUUUGUUAUGUUCUGAUCGACGGUAAAGUUCAGGUUCUUUGUGCAUAUUUC